UAUAGUUUUUUGUUAAUUGGUUAGGGAUCAUCAGUAAAAAAAGUUGAUAUAUAUCAAUGCAUUACAAUGAACAUAAAACUGAUGAUAUUUUUCAGAUAUUUGCUGGCUAUUUUUAUAAUGUUAGCAAAAAGGAGGUUAUAAUUAAAUAUAUUUUGAUCUAUUUCGUCAUGGCCGCAAAUUGUUACAGUUGCGUGCGAAAACCUGAGCGGGGCUCGUCACGGCCAAACUGUCACGAACCCAAGAUAGCCAUAUAAUUAAUUUAUUAUUCCAAUAAAAAGAUCAUUGCUAUUAUUUAAAGAUGGACACGUCAAUCGAUCCGGAAUCUGAAUUAGAUGUGAAACAAGUGAAAGAAAUUCCAAUCGUCCAAGACACGGGUACCUUUAAACACGAUACGGGGGAUGUUUACGAUGGAUAUUUCGAAGCCAAGAAAAAGGAUCGCAGCGUCAAAAUGCACGGGCCUGGCAUUUACACGACGGCUGAAGGCGACGUGUAUUCUGGGAUGUGGGACGCCGAUCGUUUGGGUGCAAAUGAAGAGGUUAGAAUUAGUUUCGUGGAAGGAUCUACAUACGAAGGACAGUAUAAGGAUUGGUCGUAUAGCGGGCACGGGAAGUAUGUUUAUCCCGACGAUAGCGUCCUUAUCGCCGAUUUCAAUGACAAUGUACCAGUAGGCAAUUUAACUUUGGUCGAUCCAAACGGACAUAUUUGGCUCGGUAGGGCCGAGCAGGGCUUCGGAUGGUUUGACCCCGUCAAUCAUUUCUAUGAUAUGUUGGAAAAAACGAGAGAAAACAAGGUGAAGAAGCAUCGAAAAUCUGACAUCAGUUCUAAUACACUGUUUAUAAAAUAAACUGUCAAAUUUAUUAUCGUUUAAUACAGAUAAUAAAUAAUUUGACAUUA